CCUCGCGUUCAGUUGACGCUGCCGUGUCAUGGGACGCCUGGCUGAGUCGCGUCCGUUGCCGUCAGUCAUGCUGCGUCUCCUGUUACCGCUGGCCGGCUUGGCGGCCGUUUUCCGGGCGGCGACUAUACCCCAGAGGAGUUUUGGGAUUGAUUAUAACUGUGACUGCUUUGUCAAGGAUGGGAGACCUUUCCGUUACAUCUCAGGUAGCAUUCACUACUCACGCGUGCCCCGGUAUUACUGGAAAGACCGCUUGUUGAAGAUGAAGAUGGCAGGACUUGAUGCCAUUCAAACGUAUGUGCCGUGGAACUACCAUGAACCCCAGGUGGACAUGUAUGAUUUUUCUGGUGACAAAGAUCUAGAGUAUUUCCUGCAGCUUGCUAAUGAUACUGGUUUGCUGGUUAUCCUGAGAGCUGGACCUUACAUCUGUGCAGAAUGGGACAUGGGAGGUCUUCCUGCAUGGCUGUUGGAGAAGAAAUCUAUUGUUCUCAGGUCUUCUGAUUCAGAUUACCUGGCAGCAGUAGAGAAAUGGAUGGGUGUCCUUUUGCCAAAGAUGAGGCCUCACCUCUAUCAAAAUGGAGGUCCAAUCAUCAUGGUGCAGGUAGAGAAUGAGUAUGGAAGCUACUUCGCUUGUGACUAUGACUAUCUGCGUUCCCUUCUGAAGCUCUUUCGACAGUAUCUUGGGGAUGAGGUGGUGCUGUUCACAACUGACGGUGCAAGCCGGUUUCACUUGAAAUGUGGAGCUCUUCAGGGUCUUUAUGCAACAGUGGACUUUGCCCCAGGUGGCAAUGUCACAGCAGCAUUCUUAGCUCAAAGGGGCAGUGAACCUACAGGUCCUUUGGUUAAUUCUGAGUUUUAUACUGGAUGGUUGGAUCACUGGGGGCACCGUCAUUCUGUUGUGCCUGCACAAACUAUAGCUAAAACACUUAAUGAAAUCCUGGCACGUGGCGCUAAUGUUAACCUGUACAUGUUUAUAGGUGGGACUAACUUUGCCUAUUGGAAUGGUGCUAAUAUGCCCUAUAUGCCACAGCCCACUAGUUAUGACUAUGAUGCUCCACUGAGUGAAGCGGGAGAUCUGACAGAAAAAUAUUUUGCCUUGAGGGAAGUCAUUGGUAUGUAUAAGCAGUUACCAGAAGGUCUUAUCCCUCCGACAACACCCAAAUUUGCAUAUGGGAAGGUUCGCUUGCAGAAGGUGGGCACUGUGGUGGAGGCUCUUGACAGGUUGUCACCUGCUGGACCAGUGAAAAGCACUUACCCGUUAACCUUUGUUCAGCUAAAGCAGUAUUUUGGGUUUGUACUGUACAGAACUACGCUUCCAAAAAACUGUACGGAGCCAACACAACUGUCUUCACCUUUAAAUGGAGUCCAUGAUCGUGCCUAUGUCUCUGUCGAUGGGGUUCCUCAAGGUGUCCUUGAAAGGGACAAAGCGCUUAUGAUAAAUGUAACUGGGAAGGCUGGAACAAAUCUGGACAUCUUGGUAGAGAAUAUGGGCCGAGUCAACUUUGGUAGAUACAAUAAUGACUUUAAGGGUCUGGUUUCAAAUUUAACUCUUGAUCAAGAUAUACUUGUUGAAUGGGAAAUCUAUCCUCUAGACGUAGAUGGAGCAGUGAACCAUGACAUUAACAGCCACCUUUAUCGACCAAAGAGGUCUGUUGGCAAUCCACUGAGUUAUGAAGCACCUACUUUUUACACUGGUAGACUUUCAAUUCCUGGAGGGAUUCCAGACUUGCCUCAAGACACCUAUGUCAAGUUUCCUGGCUGGACAAAGGGGCAAAUUUGGAUCAACGGCUUUAAUCUUGGUCGCUACUGGCCAGCACGUGGUCCUCAGUUGACCCUUUAUGUUCCAAGGAAUAUACUUGUUUCAUCGGUGCCAAACAACAUAACAGUGUUGGAGCUGGAGCGUUCUCCUUGCAGCACCCAGCCAUGUGAGAUAGAAUUUGUAGACAAACCUAACAUCAAUGCAACCACACAGUAUGAAAAUUAUGCCCCCCAACUCUUUGUUAGAGACAUAUGGCUGAACCAUCUAUAAUAAUUUGAGUAUUUCCCUAUCUUCCCCCCACUUUGCUUCCCUUUCUCUCAAACCAUACUUCCCUUUUUUAAAGACUCAGUGUUAAUCAGUAAGUUGUUUAGCUGAGGCAACUUUUUAAAGACUUUCUGCCAGAGUUAAAUACUGAAAUUCUCUUAACAAAUAAAAGCUGUAGCUUUGGAAUCUGCCAUGGACUGUGAAAUUGAACUCAACUGGAAGAUAACGUUCGCAUCAGUCUACUAAAAAUGUAGUCCUUGUAGGCUGCUUACAUUACAGGAAUUCUCUUACACUUUUUUUUUUUUACCAUGUUUUGCAACUGGAGAGGAGCCUACAAAAGGGGUGCAGAAUCCCACUAGCUUGCUGUUUUUACUCAUGUGGACUGGUAGGUCAAAGCUGCCAAUAGACUAGACACUUUCAGCUGAUUUUAUCACCUGGUUAGUAUCAAUAUCAUUUUAGAAUGAAUGGGCUCACUGCCAACAUUGAGCGGACCUCAUUUUUUUUUACCUCCAUGCAAGUAACCUUGGAAAAAUUUCCAUUGGUUUCUUAGGGGAGCAGUUAGAAGAACUGUGGAAGAGAGCACUCAAAUGGAAGCUGGUCCAAACAGCAGUAACAUGGAGAGGGACCUUGUAGUCUGCAUCUAUCCCUUUUUGGAAAGUCAAUUUACUGCUUCCUUUCUGCUAUCUCUGAAGAUUUUAAGUAAAUUGAUAAGUACAAGGACAUACGUAAAAUUUAGGCUGUUUCGGUUGGACCAUAGCCUCUGAUUAACCUGCCUGCAGAACGUAGUCUUAAAAUAAGCCAUUUUUCCUUUAAUGGAUCCUUUUUUUUUCUUUUGGUUUUUUUUUUUCCCCUUUCCUCUAAUGGGCCUGGAGUACCUGUUUUCAUAGGCCAGCACCUUGGAAGUGGAAGGCUUUAAGUUAAAGAAUUUUAACUCUCUCUUAGUCAUUAAUUCACAUCUUCUGUUUUGUUCCAGUAAACUGAUGGUCUUUGUAAGUGCCUGGUAUUUGCAAAGAUGCACAAACUCUGUUAGUAAAGCUGACUUUCUGCAGCAGACAGAAUCUUCUUUUUGAUUCUUAUGGUUUUGAUGUCAAUCAUGCAAACUCCUUGGUGAGAUUUAAACAACAAAAGAUUAAGAUGAUGGAAUUGAGUAUUUUUGUAAUAUGUGGUUUCUUCCUUUGAUUUUUGUCUGACAUUAUUAAAAUGGUUCUUUAAAAAUGAAAUCCUUCCUCUGUGUGUUUGAGAAGGAAAAAGGGGAGGAGGAAGAGUUAUGAGCAGUUACAGUAUUAAGGGAGAAAGGAGGUUGUAAAGUCUCUACAGACAAGGGGUUAUUCUUGUUGAUGUCUCAUUUGUUUUCUGUGUUAUGAAGGUGUGUGUAAAGUAAAGAAAAACAAAGCAGCUGUAAUGGGCUGUGUGGACCCUGGAGGUGCCACCCUUUUCUGAGAUGGCCAUUGCAAAAACCUGACUGUUUCUCAGCUGAUCAGGACUGAUACUGUCACCAGAGGAGAGAGUGAAAAGGAGCACCACUUGCUUGAGUAUCCACAUCUCUGCUGUGUGUUUGAUGGGUUUUCAAACCAGACACAUGCAGUUCACCUGAGCCAGAGAGCUUCUACUCUUAAAUUCUCACCUCAAAUGCAAAGUGUAAUGGCUGAGGGCUGUGUGUUCAGUACCAGACAUGCUUUGUUCUUGGAAUAAAGUGGUCUUCUCUGA